GCCGCCGCCGCCCCCUGACGCCUGGGUGAUGCUGGACAUGGGAGAUAGGAAAGAGGUGAAAAUGAUUCCCAAGUCCUCGUUCAGCAUCAACAGCCUGGUCCCCGAGGCCGUCCAGAACGACAACCACCACGCGAGCCACGGCCACCACAACAGCCACCACCCUCAGCAUCACCAUCAUCACCACCACCACCACCACCCGCCGCCGCCCGCGCCCCAGCCGCCGCCACCGCCCCAGCAGCAGCAGCAGCCGCCCCCGGCCCCGCAGCCCCCCCAGGCUCGCGGCGCCCCCGCAGCCGACGACGACAAGGGCCCACAGCAGCUACUGCUCCCGGCGCCUGCCGGCCUGGACGGGACCAAGGCCGAUGCACUGGGAGCCAAAGGCGAGCCUGGAGGCGGGCCGGCUGAGCUAGCGCCCGUCGGGCCGGACGAGAAGGAGAAGGGCGCGGGCGCCGGGGGGGAGGAGAAGAAGGGGGCGGGCGAGGGCGGCAAGGACGGGGAGGGGGGCAAGGAGGGCGACAAGAAGAACGGCAAGUACGAGAAGCCGCCGUUCAGCUACAACGCACUCAUCAUGAUGGCCAUCAGGCAGAGCCCGGAGAAGCGCCUGACGCUCAACGGCAUCUACGAGUUCAUCAUGAAGAACUUCCCCUACUACCGCGAGAAUAAGCAGGGCUGGCAGAACUCCAUCCGCCACAACCUGUCCCUCAACAAGUGCUUCGUGAAGGUACCGCGCCACUAUGACGACCCGGGCAAGGGCAACUACUGGAUGCUGGACCCGUCGAGCGACGACGUGUUCAUAGGAGGCACAACCGGCAAGCUGCGGCGCCGCUCCACAACAUCUCGGGCUAAGCUGGCCUUCAAGCGCGGGGCGCGCCUCACCUCCACGGGCCUCACCUUCAUGGACCGCGCCGGCUCCCUCUACUGGCCCAUGUCGCCCUUCCUGUCCCUUCACCACCCCCGCGCCAGCAGCACUUUGAGUUACAACGGCACCACUUCGGCCUACCCCAGCCACCCUAUGCCCUACAGCUCCGUGUUGACUCAAAACUCGCUGGGCAACAACCACUCCUUCUCCACCGCCAACGGGCUGAGCGUGGACCGGCUGGUCAACGGGGAGAUCCCCUACGCCACACACCACCUCACAGCCGCCGCGCUCGCCGCCUCAGUGCCCUGCGGCCUGUCGGUGCCCUGCUCUGGGACCUACUCCCUCAACCCCUGCUCCGUCAACCUGCUCGCGGGCCAGACCAGUUACUUUUUCCCCCACGUCCCGCAUCCGUCAAUGACUUCGCAGACCAGCACGUCCAUGAGCGCCAGGGCCGCGUCCUCUUCUACAUCGCCGCAGGCCCCCUCGACCCUGCCCUGUGAGUCUUUAAGACCCUCUUUGCCAAGUUUUACGACAGGACUGUCCGGGGGACUGUCUGAUUAUUUCACACAUCAAAAUCAGGGGUCUUCUUCCAACCCUUUAAUACAUUAACAUCCCGGGGACCAGACUGUAAGUGAACGUUUUACACACAUUUGCAUUGUAAAUGAUAAUUAAAAAAUAAGUCCAGGUAUUUUUUAUUAAGCCCUCCCCCUAUUUCUGUACGUUUGUUCAGUCUUUAGGGUUGUUUACUAUUCUAACAAGGUGUGGAGUGUCAGCGAGGUGCAAUGUGGGAGAAUACAUUGUAGAAUAUAAGGUUUGGACGUCAAAUUAUAGUAGAGUGUGUAUCUAAAUAGUGACUGCUUUGCCAUUUCAUUCAAACCUGACAAGUCUAUCUCAGAAGCCUGCCAGAUUUCCAUGUGUGCAGUAUUAUAAGUUAUCAUGGAGCUAUCUGGUGGAUGCAGGCCUUGAGAACAACCUAAAUUAUGAAGAGAGUUUUAAAAUGUUAAAAUGUAAUUUGUAUUUAAGAAUUUGUAGUAAAGGUGCCCAAGAAAUUAUAUUGGCCAUUUAUUGUUUUGUCCUUUUUUUUUUUU